AGACUACACAGUAUCUCUAACAAUAGUGUACAGUAUUCCAUUCGUGUUGAUCUAAUGAUGGGCUAUUUAAAUUCUGGUGAAAUACAGUUUUUCAUUGUUGUAAAGAUGAACGUGCAAAUAGAAGCCAAUCUGCUGAUUACAGAAUUUGAGCCAAUAUUCCAAUCUGAAGUAGUACAAACUAGUUUCAUAUUCCAAGUGUCAGAUACCGAAAGUGUAACAUUAGAUCCUUUUUUUAUUUUGAACUCUUUAAAAAACGUAGAGAGAAUCACAUAUGAAUACAGUACGUCAGUCAUAAAACCGAGAAAUCCUAUUUUUAUCUAUAGUCUUACUGAAACGCGUAAUUUUACCCAGUCUUGCGAUAAAAUAUUUUACCUAAACACAUUGUUGUUAUGUAAGUAUAUACGUUUAGACAAGUCAGUUUAUCAGGUGUUUAUUGAUGAUGUAUUAGUACCCCCUUUCGUAACGAUAACAAUAGAUUUUAAAAUCACGAAGAUUAACAUCACGGACAAUGAAGAUUUAAUCAUGGUGAAUGUUGAUGAAGAUGGCUAUCUUGAUGUGUGCAUUGCUCUGUUAGACAGGAAAUGGAAACAAUUGAAAGAAAAUGAUAUAGACAUUGAGAGGCCUGAAGCGGAUCAUUGCGAGGAGACCCUAUGUUUGAUUGAAAACAUCUUAACAUUUGUCUGUUUAAUCGUAUCCAUGGUAUGCCUUCUACUGACCUUUUUGACAUACUGCAUGUUUCCGGUCUUGAGAACAAAGGCUGGUGUAAAUAACAUGUUUCUAAGCCUAAGUCUUCUAUUGGCACAAGUCUCUCUGAUGUUCAGUACUUUCACUUCUGUUGACAGCUUCCGGUGCCUCAUACUCGGCGUCCUGACUCAUUUUCUGUGGCUCUGGAACUUUUCCUGGAACUUCAUCUGUAGCUUUUGCAUGUUUCGAGUGUUCACUGCCGGCUUAACAACACAUAAUCAACCAAAUAGGACUUCUGAUAUCUUGAAGUGGAUAAGUGGGUCAUUCGUAUUACCCGUCUCUGUAGUCAGUGCUGUUUUAAUAUAUAGUUACUUCACAUCACAAGGGAGAGAAUUCGGAUAUGGAAAUGUUCAGUGUUAUCUAGAUUUACCUUUCUUUAUUGGUAUCGCUGUUGCUGCUCCGCUGUUCAUUAUAACUUUGACCAACAUUUCCUUGUUUCUUGUGGUGGUGUACAAAAUCUACAGUGUCCGAAGACUUCAAUCUAUUUCAUUUAUGAGCAGCGCACCCGACUUUGAUAUGACCAUCUAUAUGAAGCUAUCUACGGUGACUGGAAUGUUCUGGAUUGUGGCAGUUUUGGCCGAGUUCUCGGAAAAUGAGAUUUUUGGACUUGUGGCGCUAGUUCUGAAUGGACUUCAAGGAGUCUCCAUAUUCUUCUCCUUUGUAUGCAACAAGAGAGUGGUCGCUCUGUGCUCUGCUUUGUUGAGACAACAUCAGUCUUAACCCAAAAACAAAUAAAUAAAUGGUAAUACCAUUGAAAUACACUCCGAGUCAUAAGUUAGGCCAAUUUAUAUUUCAAUGAAAAUGUAUAAAAUGAUUUACCACAUACCUUUAAUGUGUACAAUUUAGUGUUUACCAAACAGAAGACGAAUCGGAGUAGAGUCAGCCAUGAAUGACUUAAUUAAGAUGGUAAAAUACAAAAUAAAGUGUUUUAACAUAAA